AUGCCUUUGAACGCAUGUGAAUACCAACUAAUACUUUUACUCUGCAUUCUGCUGAAGAGCUGUCAAGCUGUCAAAAACGACGCCACGGAGGUUUUUAAUGCGCACAUGACCGUCCCAGUCCAAGAAGCUCCGAGCAAUGUCUCUUUAAACCGAGCAAGGACCGGAGGAAGACAUUUGGAGAGCAGAGCGCAAAGUGAACAGAGUCAAGUGGGUUGUAGGGAGCUGAGAUCCACCAAGUACAUAUCUGACGGUCAGUGCACCAGCCUGAAUCCUGUGAAGGAGUUGGUGUGUGCCGGUGAAUGCUUGCCCACCCAUCUACUGCCCAACUGGAUCGGUGCGACCUACACAGGUCGCUACUGGAGGCGAAGGGACGUUCAGGAGUGGCGCUGUGUGAACGACCGCACCAGAACGCAGAGAAUCCGGUUGCAAUGUCAGGAUGGCAGCUCCCGUACGUACAAGAUAACGGCCGUGACGUCCUGUAAGUGCAAGCGAUACACGCGACAGCACAACGAUUCAGCACAAAAGUCCGAGAGCUCUCCCAGGGCCCAGGCCUCCCAUGGUCCAAAGAAGAAGAAAAGCCAGGACAAAAGUGCACAAGGAGGGGGAAUGAAGGAAGAAAAACCCCAAAAUUGA